AUGGAUGCCCGCAAGAAGAAGAGAAAGGUGCUGCUGAUGGGCAAGAGUGGAUCGGGCAAGUCUUCUAUGCGCUCGAUCAUCUUCAGCAAUUACGUUGCCAAAGAUGUUCGCCGGCUCGGAGCAACAAUUGACGUGGAGCACAGCCAUGUCAAGUUCAUGGGCAACCUGACUCUGAACUUGUGGGAUUGCGGAGGGCAAGAUGCGUUUAUGGAGACCUACCUCGCCUCUCAACGCGGCAACAUUUUCUCCGACGUCGCUGUGCUGAUCUACGUUUUUGACAUUGAAUCACGAGAGGUCGACCGUGACCUUGACACGUACAAUGCUGUUAUCGAAGCUUUGCGUGAAUUCAGUCCCAAUGCUUAUGUCUUCUGUCUGGUUCAUAAGAUGGAUCUGAUACAGGCUGAACACCGUCAGCGCAUUUACGAUGAGCGCUCAUCUCUGAUCCGCUCGCGCUCAGAACAUUUUCGCGUGGAUACAUUCGGCAGUAGUAUCUGGGAUCAGUCAUUGUACAAGGCCUGGGCCGGUAUCGUCCACAAGCUUAUUCCAAAUUUGACGGUCAUAGAGCGAUUCCUGAGCGCAUUCGCGAAGAAGAUUGAUGCGGAGGAGGUCAUUCUCUUUGAACGUUCAACAUUCCUUACCGUCACCUCGGUCUCAUCCGAAAUCGGAGACCUCAAUCCCAUCUACGAUCGACAUGAGCGUCUAUCAAAUAUCAUGAAAGCAUUCAAACAUUGCGCCGCCCGCAACACACUUACCACCCCCGCCUCCGCCGGCUUCGUCGUGAUGCACACGAAAACGCCGCAGUUCAACAUCUUCCUCGGCCGCUUCACAGAUAACACAUACAUUUUCCUUGUUGUUCCGCCUGGAGAGGCGGCAUACAACUGUGCUGUCCUGAAUACCAUGCUCGCUCGCGAGGGAUUUUCAAAAGCAGCGGCCUCGGGUCGCUCGGAUGGCUUCCCACUACCACCACCAGAGACGCCUGAUGACGGCGCAUCUAAUGGAGUGAAUCUGGGGUUCUGA